AUGACUUCUGAUGGUCAUGACUUUCUUGUAAAAAGAGAACAUGCUUCAAUAUCAGAAAUAAUAAAAGCCAUGUUAAGUGGCCCAGGUCAGUUUGCAAAUGAAAUCAAUAUGGUUAAUUUUAGAGAAAUUCCAUCACAUAGGCUAUUGAAAGUAUGCAUAUAUUUUACUUUCAAGGUUCACUACCUGACCAGCUCUACUGAGGUCCCUAAAUUCCCAAUUGUACCUGAAAUUGAACUGAAAUUGACAAUGGCUGUGAACUUCCUAGAUUGA